ACUGUCAGUGUUUUUGGGGCGCGUGGAAAUGGACGUUGAGCGGCGCCUCCGGUGAAUCCACGGUGGGGAGGGGGGCCGUUUUUUCCUCGUUAUUUUAUUCACACCCUCGGCGCGCCCCCAUUUCCAGAAAGCACAAAUACAUCCCUUGUCACGUUUCUGCCCACCUCGUUUUGUUUCACCUGUAGUAGGCUUCCCCCCCUCUCUCUCUCCUCUCAAAACAACACCAGUCGUGCAUAUUUACGCGACAUUUCCCCCUACGCCAAAGCCUCGAAGCUCAACAGUUCGCCUGUUCGCGGGAGGUGGAGGGGGGAGAUGUCAUUUUCUCCGGAGCCGAGCCUAGCCGACCACCAGAAACCGACGAAAAGCGGUAGACUCGUUGCCAUGCUUGGUGAGCUUUUCACCCGGAGCCGCGUUGCAACCGAAGUAAUUGCCUGGCUGAGGGGCAAUUUAAAAUCCUAACAUUAGCCACGCAACACGGACCACGGAGCAAGGAAGGACACAUCGCAGUCAGGCUUAUUAUCAACUGGAUCGAUUCUGAAUAAACACUAUUUGCCUGUUCGUCGCUGGGAUUUCAGUGAAGUACUACUGUGUGUUGGUCCAAUGUUAUGUGAAGACCAGCAUACGAUGUGGAAUAUUCUAACGUAGCCAGCGCUUGCUCUCGUUUUCCCCCUUAGACUGUUUUUUUCUCCCUCCCUUAUAUAUUCGUUGCCGUUUUUCACGUGCUGACUCGCGGGGGCCCGCCUGGAAGAUGGCUGCUUAUUAAUUUUUAAUCUUUAUGCAUCCGUGCGAAGCGAAGAGGGAGACGAACGGGAGGAAAACAGCGGACGAACGUCGGGAGGGGACGACGCGAAGGAGACGAAGAGAGGGAUAUGAUGAUGAAGUGAACUGGCGCCCGUGAUCGCGGCGGACGCAAAGGGGAUUCUACGGCAAGGUUUUUGAGUCUUUAGUCGCUGCAAGAGGAGGGUCUCCUUCUUGUGGACCCGCCCAUUGACCCCCGGCCACACCCACCCAUCGCCAUGGCGUUGUCGCUAUGGUUGCUGUGGGUGUGUCUCGCCACCCUGCACAGCGUCGGUCCAUCAGAACAAGGCAUGAGCCGCGCGGCGAUGCCCUUCGGCCUGAUGCGGCGGGAGCUGGCGUGCGAGGGCUACCCCAUCGAGCUGCGCUGCCCAGGAAGUGACGUCAUCAUGAUCGAGCAGGCCAACUACGGCCGCACCGACGACAAGAUCUGCGACGCCGAUCCCUUCCAGAUGGAGAACGUGCAGUGCUACCUGCCCGACGCGUUCAAGAUCAUGUCGCAGAGGUGCAAUAACAGGACCCAGUGUGUGGUGGUGGCGGGGGCCGACGUGUUCCCAGACCCCUGCCCAGGCACCUACAAAUACCUGGAGAUCCAGUAUGAGUGUGUCCCUUACAAAGUGGAUCAAAAAGUAUUCGUCUGUCCCGGCACGUUGUUGCGGGUUCAGGAGGCUAAAGAGGUGAAGGAGGCGGAGCAUCAGUCGGGGGCGUGGUGUAAAGACCCGCUGCAGGCGGGCGAUAGGCUGUACGUCAUGCCCUGGACGCCCUAUAGGACCGACAUGCUCUACGAGUACGCCUCCUGGGACGACUACCGCCAGAACAGCGUCACCACCACUUACAAGUUGCCUAGCCGCGUGGACGGCACAGGCUUCGUGGUGUACGACGGCGCCGUGUUCUACAAUAAGGAGCGCACGCGCAACAUCGUGAAGUACGACCUGCGCACGCGCAUCAAGAGCGGCGAGGCCAUCGUGCCGGGCGCCAACUACCACGACACCUCGCCCUACCGCUGGGGCGGCAAGUCCGACAUCGACCUGGCCGUGGACGAGAACGGCCUCUGGGUCAUCUACGCCACGGAGACCAACAACGGACGACUAGUGGUCAGCCAGGUGAACCCCUACACGCUGCGCUUCGAGCGGACGUGGAAGAGCGCGUUCGAGAAGCGCCUGGCGUCGGACGCCUUCGUGGCGUGCGGCAUCCUGUACGUGGUGCGCUCGGUCUACCAGGACGACGACAGCGAGGCGGGCGGCGACCUGAUCCUGUACGCGUACGACACGCGCCGCAACCGCACCGAGCCCGUGCACAUCGCCUUCCCCAACCCCUACCAGCACGUGUCCUCCGUCGGCUACAACCCGCGCGACAACCAGCUCUACGUCUGGAACAACUACAACGUGCUGCGCUACCCGCUCGAGUUCGCCCCGCUGCAGCCCACCACCGAGCCGGUGUCCCAGUACAGCAGCACCCCUCCCUCCUCCCUGUACUCCACCACGCUGCUGUACGCGCCGGGGUUCAGCCCCACGCCCCCCUCCUCCGGCGGUGGCCCCCGCCGCCCCCCCCCUGCGGCCCCCGGCUCCGGCGGCUCCUCUGGCUCCUCCUCCUCCUCCUCCGGUGGAACCCUGCACCCGGUGGGCGCCAUCAACCGGGCGCCGGCGGCCUACCCGCCCUCGGCGGUGCGCCCCAUCACGGCCACGGUGCCCCUGCUCACGCAGCGCCCGCCCACGCUGCUGCGCCCCCAGGGUCCUCGCGCCCCUCCGCAGUGCGACGGACGCGUCACCCGCGGCGUGCAGUGGCCCGCCACCCACCGGGGGGAGACCGUGGAGAGGCCCUGCCCCAAAGGGUCCCUGGGUAUCGCCUCCUAUCAGUGUCUGUCUUCUCCGGUCACGUGGAACCCCAGAGGCCCUGACCUCAGCAACUGCACCUCACCCUGGGUCAGUCAGGUGGCCCAGAAGAUAAAGAGUGGGGAGAACGCGGCGCACAUCGCCGGUGUGCUGGUGAACCACACGCAGGGCCCGAUCUACGCCGGCGAUGUCACUUCCUCCGUGCGGCUCCUGGAGCAGAUGCUGGACAUCCUGGACGCCCAGCUGCAGGCCCUCCGCCCCGGCACCAAGGAGUCGGCCGCACGCAGCUACAGCAAGCUGCAGAAGCGUGAGCGGACCUGCCGAGUGUUUAUCCAGGCGGUGGUCAAGACGGUUGACAACCUCUUGCGUGCGGUCGACUCCUGGCAGGACAUGAACAGCACCGAGCAGUCACACACCGCCACCAUGCUAUUGGACGUCGUCGAGAAAGGAGCCUUCCUAUUGGCCAAUAAUCUCUACGAGCCGCAGUUCAGUGACCGGGCGUCCAAUGUCGAUCUGGAGGUGCAUGUGCUGAACACGGAGGCGGACGUGCAGGACCUCUCCUUCCCUCACUCCUACGACAGCGACAGCACCAUCCACCUCUCCUCCAGCACCAUCAAGCAGUACAGUCGCAACGGUCAGGUGAAGGUGGUGUUCGCCAUGUUCAAGAACCUGGGCUCCUUCCUGACGACGGCCAACGCCACGGUGAAGGCGGAGUCUCCGGCCGGGCGGCAGCUGUCCGUCAACUCGCACGUCAUCUCCGCCUCCAUGAACAAGGAGUCCAGCCGCGUGUUCCUCACCGAGCCCGUGGUGUUCACGCUCAGACACCUGCAGCUGGAGAACCACUUCAGUCCGAACUGUUCGUUCUGGAACUACUCGGAGCGCUCGAUGACGGGCCAGUGGUCCACGCAGGGCUGCAAGCUGCUGGAGAGCAACACCACGCACACCACCUGCUCCUGCUCCCACCUCACCAACUUCGCCCUGCUCAUGACCCAGCAGGAGCGCAACUUGCGUGGGCCGAUGGAGGAGCUGCUGCUGGUGGUGGUGACGUGGGUGGGCAUGGUGGUGUCGCUGGUGUGCCUGGCGCUGUGCCUGGGCACCUUCUGCCUGCUGCGGGGCCUGCAGAGCGACCGCACCACCAUCCACAAGAACCUCUGCCUCACCCUCUUCGUCUCCCAGCUGCUCGUGCUCUUCGCACGCAUGGACAAGAUACAGUACCCCGUGCUGUGCCCGGUGCUGGCGGGGCUGCUGCACUUCUUCCUGCUGGCGGUGUUCUGCUGGCUGUGCGCGGAGGCCGUGCAGCUCUACCUGCUGCUGGUGGAGGUCUUCCAGAGCGACGUGUCGCGCCGCCGCUACUACUACCUCUGCAGCUACGGCCUGCCCGCCAUCAUCGUCGCCAUCUCCGCCGCCAUCGACUACCGCAGCUACGGCUUCAAGAAGGCCUGUUGGUUACGUCUGGACAACUACUUCAUAUGGACCUUCAUUGGCCCGGUCUCCCUCAUCAUUCUGUUCAACCUGGUGGUCCUGAUGAUCACGCUGCACAGGAUGAUCCGCCACUCCACCGUCCUCAAGCCAGACUCCAGCCGCUUCGACAACAUCAAGUGUUGGACGGUGAGCUCGGUAGCGCUGCUGCUGCUGGUGUCUCUGACGUGGGCCUUCGGCCUCCUCUUCCUCACCGAGAACAGCGUGGUCAUGGCCUACCUCUUCACCUCCUUCAACGCCCUGCACGGACUCUUCAUCUUCAUCUUCCACUGUGCCCUGCAGAAGAAGGUCCAUAAGGAGUACAGUAAGUGCUUACGCCACUCCCCCUGCUGUGGCCACGCCUCCAGUUCCGCCGCCCACGGCUCACUCAAGAGCUCCGCCCAUCGGGGAAACAGCCGUUACUAUGGCGGCAGCCAAUCACGUCACGCCCCUGCCCAUCGACAGAGUCGUAUCAGGCGUAUGUGGAACGACACCGUCCGCAGACAAACCGAGUCUUCCUUCAUGGCUGCAGAUAUGAACAACACCCCCACGCUCAACAGAGGCACCAUGGGCAAUCACCUCUUGACCAAUCCGGUGCUCCAGACUCGCUCUGGCACCUCCCCUUACAACACCCUAUUGGCUGAGACCUUCAACCCUCCCUCCCCUGCUGUGUUCAAUCCUCCGUCACCUGCGGUGUUCAACUCCACAGGAACAUACAGAGACUCAAAGGGCACCCUCUCCCGCAGCCGCGAGUCCUGCGGCCUGGAGGGCGUGCGUCUCAACGGCAACUACAACAACAGCUAUUCGCUGCACGGCGUGGGCGGCGGCAGCACCGACCUAUUGGGCGCCGGCUCGGGCCAAGGGGGCGGGAUGAUGGCCGGGGAGCACUGCUCCACCCUGCUGACCCCGAGAGGGGCGGAGCACGGCGGCGGAGGAGGAGGAGGAGGAGGAGGAGGAGGAGGAGGAGGGAUGAGGAGGAACCUGUCGGACGCCGCCGCGCUGGAGAAGAUGAUCAUCUCCGAGCUGGUGCAUAGCAACCUGCGCCCGGCAACCGAUCGCUACGGCACCAGCCACGCAGGAGGAGGAGGAGGAGGAGGAGGAGGAGGAGGAGGAGGAGGAGGCCAGGACUUCCUGUCGUCUUCGUCGACGGUGCAACGCGAGGCGUCCCAGCAUCAGCAUCAUCAGCAGCAGCAGCAGCACCACCAGAGCCAGGACUUCCUGGCGUCGACGUCGACGGGCCAACGGGAGCCGCCCCAGCGACCCCUGCCCCGCCCUCCUCCGCCGCCGCCGCAAGACGAGGACGAGCUCCUCUACAAGGCCCUGGAGAAGCCCCGCCUCCCCGACAAGCCCCGCCUCCUCCCGGAGAAGGCGCCCCGCCUCCUGGAGCACCACCUCACCCAGUCGGUGUUCUACCAGAGCGAGGAGGAGUCCGAGAGCCUGUCGGCCGAGCUCACCGAGAGCAUGGGCGGAGCCAGCCGCGACCGAGACUCCUCCUACCCCGACAGCAGCCCCGAGGGGCUCGUGGAGGUCACCACGGGGUCGCGGGGAGUCGGCGGAAGCGGAAGUGGCGCAGGCCUGCCUCCCGACGAGCUCUACUUCAGCGCCAGCCGGCCGGCCCACAUCUCCGCCUUCUACCAGCCCCCGCCGCGGCGGACCAAUCAGGACGGCGGGGGGGCGGGGGCGGGGGCGGGGGGGAUGGGCCUGGAGCCCGGCGCCCACGGCAGCGAGACCGACGGACAGAUGCAACUGGUGACGAGCCUGUGA